AUGGCACAUGGGAAUCAGACAAUGGCAACUGAAUUCCUCUUUUCUUUGUUCCCACAUCUGCAUGAAGGCGGUCUCUUAUUCUUUAUUCCUUUGCUUCUCAUCUAUGGAUUCAUAAUGACUGGUAAUCUGAUGAUAGUCAUUGUCAUCCAGCUGGACAUGGCACUACACACCCCCAUGUAUUUCUUUAUCAGUGUCCUCUCCUUUCUGGAGAUCUGGUAUACCACAACCACCAUCCCCAGGAUGCUCUUCAACCUUGUCAGUGAGCAGAAGACCAUCUCUCUGGCUGGCUGCCUCUUACAGAUGUACUUUUUCCACUCACUUGGAAUCACAGAAGGCUGUGUCCUGACAGCAAUGGCCAUUGACAGGUACAUAGCUAUCUGCAACCCCCUCCACUACCCAACCAUCAUGACUCCCAGAAUCUGUAUCCAGUUGACAGCUGGAUCUUGCUUCUGUGGCUUCCUCCUCGUGCUCCCUGAAAUUGCAUGGAUUGCCACCUUGCCUUUCUGUGGCUCCAACCACAUCCAGCAGAUCUUCUGUGAUUUCACUCCUGUACUGAGUCUGGCCUGCACAGAUACAUUCCUGGUGGUCAUUGUGGAUGCCAUCCAUGCGGUGGAGAUCCUGGCCUCCUUCCUGGUCAUCGCCCUAUCCUACAUCCGGAUUAUCGUGGUGAUACUGGGAAUGUCCUCAGCUAAGGGACGUCACAAGGCUUUUUCCACCUGUGCUGCUCACCUUGCUGUGUUCUUGCUGUUUUUUGGCAGUGUGGCUCUCAUGUAUUUGCGAUUUUCAGCCACGUACUCAGUGUUUUGGGACACAGUAAUUGCUGCCACUUUUGUUAUCCUCGCUCCCUUCCUCAAUCCCAUCAUUUACAGCCUGAGAACAAGACAUGAAAGAUGCCAUUGGUAG